CAUGGUUGUUGCAUUCUUCAUAACACCUGCUGGACUGGAACGUGUGAAUGUUGGGGGGGAGCUGAGGAACCGGCUUCAGCGGAGCGGCAGGCGGCGAGUUUCACUUCCGCUCGUUUGACAGACGCACGACUUCUAGAAGCUCCGGAGUCCAUUAAGACAUGACUAAACCCAGACUGGCCGUGUUCGACCUCGACUACACCCUCUGGUCUUUCUGGGUGGAGGGAGCUGACGCACCUUUCCACAAGGAUGAAAGUGGACAAGUGCGUGACUCCAGUCUCUGUCCUCUCCAUCUGUUUGAUGACACAGUGGAGAUCCUGCGCUCUCUGCAGACUCAGGGAAUCCCGAUUGGCAUCGCGUCACGGACAGGAGACACGGACGGAGCCAAUCAGCUGCUGUCCCUCUUCGACCUCGAGCAGUACGUUUCCUUCAGAGAGAUUUACCCGGGCUCGAAGGUCGCCCACUUCAGCAGGUUGCAGGCAGCCAGUGGAGUUCCAUACACAGACAUGAUCUUCUUUGAUGAUGAAGAGAGGAACAUCACAGACGUCAGCAGGCUGGGGGUGCACUGUGUGUUGGUUGAUGAUGGAGUUACAUCCAGCUUAGUCAACAAGGAGCUCCAGCAGUUCCUGAUGAAGCACUGAGUCCAGCUACAUCAGGUGUGGUGGUCAGCCUGGCCUGCAGGAGGCAGUGUAGAGGCACCACAGUUGGUCACUGCGCACAGUUUGGCUGUGGAAGGGUCAUUUAUUUUAUUUAUUGUUAAUGCAAGAAAACAGAAGAGGGUCCAUCUAGUUUACUGUAGGCCUAUAAGGCUUUGAGGAGGAGGUGGGUAGUGUAAUUAUUACUGGUGUGAAUUUAGUCCCGUCCAAAUGCGACGUCAGUCAUUUUUACUGACUCCGCGCUCCUGCGUCGUAAGGAUCGCAGCACCUUUUACGUUUUAUAAAACGAGCCGUAAAAAUGACGUCAGGUUCCUAACAGUUAGUCCCAUGCGAAUCGACCAGUUGGUAAAACGGAAUCGUAUCCUGUCAAAAACGAGUUUUUAUUAUAAGAUUUCAGGCACCAGAAUGUAAAUGCUGCACCAUUUAAAGUGGGACGGGAAAUUUUGAACAAGAAGCUGGCGAAUGGGAAGCUGACUUCAGCCUCUCAGGCUAAACGCAUCCAUACAUAACGUUAAUUUCCCGUCUUACGUGUACAACUCGGAAAGUAAAAGUGACUGUUUGCCCUGAAUUUCCAGUUAAUGGCGAUAAGUGUUAAAGUAAAUGUUUAGGCUAAAUUAAAUGUUUUAACAUAAUUUCUACUCUUUUCUGGAGUAAAAGUGGCGCAUAAAUCGAGUAGCUGUAACAUAGGAGGCGAUGAGGCUGGAGGCGAGUUUCUUUUAUUUAAAUCAGAUUUAACAAAUUAGCUUUAGUUCAUAGAACAAAGAAGUCCACAAUGAGACAAAAUAGAGGAAAACAGAACUAAACUAGAAUUAAAACUUGACAACAAUAUCAGUGAAAACGGGUAACAGCAACAGGGUAAUCUAGACAACGUAAGACAAGGAGACUGAGCAAACAGCGGUAUAAAAAACUGAGGAAAGACAAGGAACACCCGGGACCAAUAAUAGGGUCGGGCUAAAGACUAAACACAGGUGGAACAGAUGAGAAGAGGGCAGGACCAGGAAAUGUAAACAAUAACACUUGGACAAGACAAGAACAGGAUGUUACAGUAGCCACUCCCAUCUCUGGCAUUAAGAUUUCUUAUCCCGUGCGAAUCGCUCCUAAACAUCACAGACUUCCUGAGACUUCCAAACUGACACUACCUCACCUCCCCAUGGAGCACUAAUCCAGGCCGAAUAGGGCUUCAGUCUAGGAGUUACAGAAGAAGAACGUCUGCUUGUUUUUUAAAGCACUUUCAGAAACUUUUUCGGUUGAGCCGAAGCUUCCCCGGAGUGACCGUUCACUUUGUUUACGUAAUUUAGCUACAGGUUUCCUUCUCAAACCUCCAAACUUCGCUUUUCUUGAGGUACCACUAAAAUGCAUCUGUGGCGUGGGCGGUUUUUAUGUGUAAACCUGUUGAUUACUGUAUAAAAUACUGCUGCUCUGCCUCGUAAUACUGCCACAACACCAGGUCCACCCCAUUUUAAAUAUUCUUAGCUAAACCAUUGUGGAAGUCACAGAUGCUGAAGUGUUAUUUUUAUCAUAAAUGUUUUUGUUUGAAUUGUACAAAUGAAUUAAAUCGUCUUUCAGAAGUGAAAAGACGACAUGAAAAAUGUAAAGUAACAAAUGCAAUAUUUGUAAUUGUCUGCAUGUAUUGUGAUUCGAAAGUGAUUUAAAGUGGCAGUGCAUGUAUCUUAAAAUUGAAAUGUUGCCACAUUUGUCAGCGGCGUUACGGACCACGUUUUGCACUUGAAUUACAUAUGAACAGUUGCACUUUUGACACUCCGAUAGACCGACUCACCUGCUGAGCGUGACCUCAUCUGAAAUGUGAGAAAAAAGAUGUUACAAGCGUUUUAAAGGGCCCAUAUCCUGGAAAAACCUCAUUUUGCUCGCUUUGUGGUUUUUUUAAAAUCAGAGUUUGAGUUAGUAUCAAAAUGUGCUCGUCGACUGGACUUGUGAUGUCAUAAAAGCCAGGACAUCUACACACAUCCACAUUUUCAGCCCUGCCAAGUUCAUACCGAGUGUCUCAGCUCUGAUUGGUUUCUGAAAGAAGCACAAUACAAGGCAGCCAAUCAGAACAGAGCUGGCUUACAUACGGUAUAUCAGUCUUAAAGGCACAGUAACAACAACAGCCUGUUUAAUUCUAAGGGAUAAAGAGCGAAAUAGAAAAUAUCAGUGAUAUAAAUAAUGAAUUAUGAUCUUAUUGGUCCAGCAAGCCAUGCAGGUAUCAAAGGCUGGACGAUUUAGGGAAGCUGUCCAAUUGCAGUUGUUCUGACCAAUCACGUGACUGCAGUUUAAAUUGCGACAAGCUGUUGUCCAGGCUUGCAUUUUGGCCCUUAAGAGCAGCGUAUCCACUUUUUCUGCUUUGAAGCUUGAAUGCUGAAUGCCAGACUGGCAGUUGGUCAUGGUUGUGAUGUCACAGCACAUGGGUGUUUGGUUGCUUUUGAUUGGUCUAACUUAUUUACAGGCCGUCCAUGUUAUUGGGUUAAAUUUCCCCACUUUGCAAUCUGGAUAUAAAAACCAAACUUUCAGCCCUUUCAUGUCACAAGGGGGAAAAAUACCAGUGCAGUUAAAAAUGUAGGAUAUGGGCCCUUUAAUUGAGGUUUUCUUGUUCUAGUUACUGUACAUGUACUGUAUCUGUGAGACGCAGCAUCCUGUUAUUUAUUUUUAUAAAAGGCUUUUAAAUAAACUGA